AUGCCACCCAGGAACACUUGCGGCUUGGAGCUGGUGUGUUGGGCUCUCAUCCUCAUGCAGCUGGGCAUGUCAGAGUCGACCGGUCUCUCACAGCAGAAGGAUGAGCAGCAGUUACAUACAGCAGGAUCUAGCCCAGGGCUAAAGAGUUUGUCUACAGUCCGUGGCUUCCGGCACCCACACCCUGCUCUCCGGUACCCCUUGUACAUGAUGCAGCUGUAUAGAUCCCUCGUGAUUGGGAAACACCUGGGACAGCCCACCAUGGAGGCAUCAGCACUGCAGGAAUCUGACUCAGUCUUAAGCCUCGUAGCUAGAAGUUCUCUCCAGGCUGGGGAUCACUGGACUCUCUCUUUCGACCUGACCUCCAUCUCCAGCAGCCAUGAGGUGAGGCUAGCCGAACUGCGGGUCCGCCUGCAGUCCUUCCCCCAGGCCCACAACGUGACGGUGGACAUCUACCACAGCCACGAGCACAAGCGCCAGGGCAACCAGACCUGCGUGGACAGGCUCUUCCUGGGCACCUUCACCAGCAGUCCUGCGGUCAGCCACUCCUCCUGGAGAGUGUUCAACGUCACCAGCUUGCUCCAGGCCUGGCUCCACCAAGGGGUGGCCUCCGGCAACGGGAAGCAUGCAGAUGCUCAGGGCUCCCAGGGGCAGGAGCGGACUGGGUCAGACAGCAAUGUCACUGACUUGACAGGUGUGCAGAAUUCCAGUGGCUCCAGCCAGGCGGAGCCAGCCGUGUCCCAUGGUGUGACGGACAAGGUCCUGCUGGUCGUCUUCUCCAAAGAUAAACCUUCAGCAGAGCCCUCCUGGGCAUCCACCCUCAUCAGAACUGCGGAGGCCUCCAAGCAUGUCAUGAUUGACAACGCCUCCAAAGAGCUGGGGAACCGCCGGCACCGCCGGAACAAGCAGGAGAAGCGAAGGAUUAAAAUGGCAGACCUCUCCACCCCGGGCCUGGGGGAGGAAGGCAGGUCUCUGUGCAAGAGGGUGGAUAUGAUCGUGAACUUUGAGCAGACUGGCUGGGGAAGCUGGAUUGUCUACCCCAAGAAGUACAACGCCUAUCGGUGUGCGGGAGAGUGCCCAGCGCCCGUGGAUGAGACCUUCAAACCAACUAACCAUGCAUAUAUCCAGAGUUUGCUUAAGCUGUACCAGCCCAACCGGGUCCCCUGUCCAGCCUGUGCUCCGGUCAAGAUGAGCCCCCUCUCCAUGCUGUACUAUGAGAAAGGGGAAGUCGUCCUCCGCCACCAUGAAGACAUGAUCAUUGAGGAAUGUGGCUGCAACUAAAGCAAGCUGUUCUCCUCUGGGUGACAGAGAUCCUGCGGCUCAGUGAUGAGCACAGGCAGGCUACCAACAUGAGACUCGAGGCUCGUCCUGCCCUGGGGGUGGCAGGGAAUAAGCCCUGUGCAGCCAGGAACCAAUCCACAAGGAUCUGAAGUCUAAGUGCUUAUAAAGACAAAGGCUCAGGUCAUCACCCACCCACAGAUUAAUGCAUGACAGGGAUCAAGCUGCCCUGGUGGAGCUGUCCUCUUGGGAUUCCGACCUGGCCUCUCCAGGCAGCCCUCACUAGAGAAGGCUGGGAAGAAGACCGAGGAGGAUAAAGGCAGAGCUGUGGGAAAUGCACAACACCCCCCUUGACAUUAGACCCCACCCCCGAUGGGAGAAUCUGGGAAGGCAAGCUCUGCAAGGGGAAUUUCAUGGCUGUUGCCUUCCCCCAGCAACCCCUGCUGCAGCUUUGCCUGAACUGGGCCAAUGCUGGCCAGCAAAAGGUACUCACUCAGGUGUAAAUAGCUCUUCAUAAUGUUCUGUGAAUGUUGUAAAUAGAUAGAUCUAUAUUUCGUGCAUAUAGGCCAAGAGAUUUUUAUCGCUA